AUGCAGUGCACCUGCAAGGCUUUGACCAUGUCUGCCAUCGGAUGGAACUGCAUUCGAAGUAAUAAUACAUGUCAGCUAUUCUACAACUAUUUCACAGGUGAUACUGGAUUAACAAGUCUCACGAAUAUAACUUUCAAGUUUCAACAAUUUCCAAAUCGAUCACUCUCGACCACAAAAACAGUUGCAAUGGUUACAUCAAACGAUCAGAUGACAACAUUGGGAGAAACAACUCAAGCGCCAAGUUCCCUAUUGUGUAAUAUCACUACUGCUUCCUUACCAUCGAAUAAUUGGACGCUAUUUACAACUACUUAUCGAGGUACACAUGCAGGCAAUACAUCACUUAUAUUUUAUUUCGUAGCAAGUCCAUCCUACAACUGGUAUUUCGAUGAUGCAUCGGUUAAGGAUUCAGUAGGGAAUGAAAAAUUCAUCAAUGGAAAUUUCGACAAUUCGACAACAUUAGUCGGUUGGACAGACGGAUACAAUGGAGUAUGCUCAUAUAACUACGGACUGACUACGAGUAAUUAUUACUCAGCAAAUACGUCGUAUUACGAUUCUUGUACAUUGGGAGUAAUCUGGAUUUCUCAGAAUUUCAUUGGUUCUGUAGGAGAACUGUAUAAUAUUAGUUUUCGACUUUAUCUGAAUAAGGUUUCUUCACCAUCAUCAUUUGAUAUUGCUCAAAUGAAUCUUUCUAUUGUAUAG